UGACGCACGCGCUUUUGCUGCCCCCGCCGCCGCUUCCUGAUAAUAGAGUGACACACCGUCGCUGCUCUGAGCUAACAUGGCUGCCAAACUACAACUUUCAAACGCCGCUGUAACUAUUUUCCUCGGGAUUUCCACUCUCAUUACCCCGGCGGAGGCGUACGACGCCGGAGACGGCAUCGCGUGGCUGCUCGGGACUGUGAUCGCUGUGGUGGGGCUGUGCGCGUGUCUGGGCUGGUACUCACGGAGCCGGAACCGCCAGUUCUGACCGGGGCGCAGGUCGCCUCUCCGGGGCAUGACUCGGCCUGGGUCGGGGGGUCCUGGUGGGGCUUACUGCUGGUACACACGGUUGUGUUCGAAUCCCCUCGGAGUCGUGAUUUACAACACAACAACCAUAUGCAAAUGUGUGAAUAGACAUUGGCAUUUGGGAGGCUUUAAAAUGGAAACUUUGAACUGAGACGUACACUGAAUCCUGAUACUAAAGCUUCCUGUCUUCGCGUUUUGUCCCAUGUGCUUGGAACUAUCGCGAUAUUUGGUUGGACGUCCGCCUGCGUGGCUCACCUGUUCCAUCCGUAAAAAUAGGCGACCACGAAUAACCAAAGCUUGACAGAUUAUUGCCUGGUGGUUGUUUAUCUUCCCAAAUCCCUUUAUUGCAACCUCAUUUGACUAUACAAGCCUAAGAUGCCUGGGAUUGUUGUAGGUCUACCAAUGCUGGUAAACUUCUGGAAGAAGGCCUACUAAAGUAGACUUGAUGAGACUCCUGCCUACUGUCUGCACUCCGAUAUGUCCAUUUUGCUAUUGUGCUUCCUGCCCUCACCUCACCCCUUUAAUACUUGUCGAGUCUGUAUCAUAAAGUAUGAUGAUUAUGAAACUUUUCUGUUUUUGUGGAACAUUAUGUUGAGUGCCUCUUCAGAUGUGUACUGUCUUCCCACACAAAAAUGCACUCUUAGGUUGAACGUUUCCGUAAAGUGGUGUGAAAUAUGUGCAGGUGUGAAAGAACAUCGAUGGCUUCAUCCUCUUAAGUUUCCUUUUGACCAAAGGGCAUGUUUAUGUUAGUUAUACUCUUUGAAUGUGUUUUUCAUAAACAUUUAAGUUCUGGUUUCGGUUAUUUGGGGAUAGAUAUGUGACAUGCUGCUAUAGGCAUGCACUUUUAUUGUAAACAGUUAGUCAAAAACACAAGUAGGCUACUUUAUUGCUGUUGCUGUGUGACUGUAUUGUUUUGGGGACUACCCAAAACAUUACAGUUUAUGGGGGGACUCAAAUCAAAUUUGCCCUGAAUGUAUUAAUCAACUUUCAAAACUAUUAAAUAAAGCUCUAUGGUUUAUA